UGUGCCCAUUUUUUGUGUACCUGCGUCACAAAUAUUCAUUAGUGGUGGCCUGUCUUCCUGGUGUACUUCCUUCCUCUCCCAGCACUGCUUAUUCUUUCAUUCUCCUCCUCCCCAUUUAGCUGUUCAUGCAAAGUGGAGAGAUUAAGCAGAAAUUAUAUACACUUCUGUUAUCAUCACUUAGCAACAGAGCUAAUAUCUGAACUGUGGGAUGUCCACUUGAAAGGCCUUGUCCAUGUUUGAUUUAGAGCUGUAUUUCAUUCAAAAGAGCCUGUCUCUGUUCUUGGUCAAAAUAAUGGAUUCUUGGUUGUGUGGUACAGGAAAAACAUUUUGUGUUUGACCUCUGGCCUCAAGUUAGUAAUGAAAGUAUAUAAUUCUUCAUGAGGGUUUGGUGGUUUGAACAGGAAGAACAGGUGGGAUAAAACAAGAAGUAGAGAAGAGAAUAAUUUUCCUGUGGACUACAUUAGUAAAAAGGAGAAAGGUUUCUAAUUCAAGGUUGGGGGACCUUACAUUCAGACAUGAAGAAUGAUAUGAUGAGACUCCAACAGGUUUGAGGAAGGCUGCCAAGGAAACUCAGGCUCUUUUGCACUCUCUAACUGGUUUUGCAAAGCAAUCUGCUACUGCUUCGAGAAUUUGUGUGUUCCAGUUUUGCUGAGAUAAGCUGGUGGGCUGCACCUAUUGAAUCUGUUCUCUGGUGUGCAUGGGACAGUUUUGUUUACAACAUCAAUAAAUUGAGAUGUGAGGAUCCAUCAGAAGAACACCUCCAAGUUGCUAUCCCUCAGUGAAAGGCAGUCAAAAUUAAGCCUACAGCACCAACAAGUAAACAAUACCUAGAUUAAUCUAUGACCACAAACCAAUUUGGGAAAUGUUUAUUAGCAAUGUGGAUUUAUGUAUUGAGGGAAUCCUGUGCAAGGUGGUGGAUUUUAGGUUCUGCUUGCAUGAAUGUCCUUUCUGAGCACUGGAUCAAGAAGGAACAGUAUCAGACAAAGACAUCAGAGAAGGAACUGAAGAUAUAUUAGGGUAAGUGAUAAGACAGUGAUAAGACAGCAAGUGCACUGAAAGCAGUGACUACUCCUUGGCUCAGAGGCAGAGAUUAACCUUUUGUGUUUUCUGCUGCUGCCAAGCUGGGGUCAGACUCUAGGGCUGAGCCUCACAUCUCUGGCUGUGUGGGCUGGUCCAUUUUGUCAUGUGUGAAGUGGGACUUCACAAGAAACACUUGCAGCUCAAACAGGAAUGUCAAGGUCCUUAUCUUGUUUGCAUUCUGACUGGCCACACCUGUGUUUAUGGAAGGCUUGCUGCAGAGUAAGGCUGCAUGGCUGGGUUUUUUAAUGAGUGCCAGUUGACUUUCUACAAAAGUUGUCAUGAAUUCCGGAAACUUUAUAGUCAUAAAACCUGUUUAUAGCCUUCAGUUACUAAGCAACACAGGACAAAGUACUGAACUUUUCUAUUUGCUAAUACAUUUAACAUGUUAGUGGGCUGGUUUUUUUAGGCAGAAUAAGAGGAAGCCACCAAUCAAACAUUUUUAAGGCUUUAUUUGGGCUUUAUUUAAACUCAUAUGGUGGAUUUUUAAAUGGAGUUUUAGAUCAGAAAUUCAUUGCAGUACUUGUGAGUACUAAUGCACCAAGUGGAUCUGUGUAAGACAAUAUCUGAGCUUCAACCCAAAAAACUGUUAAGACCUCAAUGUAAAGGAGUUGGAAACUAUCUUCAGAACCCUUUUUCUCAGUUGCAGACUGUGGUCCUUUAUCAUCCUGCUGUAGUAAUUCCCCAAAGCCUUAAUGCCGUGCAUUCAGGGGUGUUUGUCCAGCGCUGCACUGUCCUCUGCAGUGCCCCUGCACAUUGUUAAUUACUCUGCAUUUCUCAUCAUCCUUUUUCCCAGAGUGACUAAACCAGAAGCAUAAACCUUUUGUUACACAUGAGACAGCAGAUUUGGUUUUCCUUUGUGUAGGACCAUUAGCAGCAUCACUUAUUCUGAGACACUGACAAUUCCCUGUGAAUUUCUGUAUUUUUUACUUUUAACUUUAGGACAAGAUGUCCAUGGAGCCUUGGAAAAUCCCAUGGUGGAUACAAGCCUGUUGGAAGAAUUCAUUAGUAGUGACAUAGAGUUUGGAACUUUGCAAAGCCAGUUGCCAGACUCCCCACCAGACUCUGGCUCAGAACCGUGUUCCCCACCACAGCUACAAACCCCAUGGUGUGGUGCUGUGUGGCCCGGUGGGCUGCAGCCUCCACUCCCGUGCCCAUCACUCGGGGCACCGAGCAAGCUUCCCUGCAGGUUCAUGGAGACCUACCCUGACCCCAGUGUCACAGGGUAUCCUUGCACCACCUCCCAGGGCUGCUGCCUGAAGACAGAAAAUGCGGUGAAUCCAUGGAAUCAUUCGACACCCUCCAGCUGUUUGGGUUUUAAUUAUUCAUACUUCCAGCCUAAUGCAUCUCAGAUUUCCGGUAUUUCUGCAGCAUCAAGCAAAAAAAGGAAGCUGUCCCAAUUACUAGGAGAUGGGAUUGAUUCUCCAGUGCAGUCUCAGGAUUCCAGACAAGCAAUUGUAAAGGACUGUGCUGCUGAAGUGCAAGAAUAUGACAGUGAUGGACAGAAUGCAGCUUUGGAAAAAUGCUGUCAUGGUCUUACAUGGCAGCCAUAUCAAACUUCUCAGUGGAACAGCUUAUUUGACUCUAAUUAUGAAAAACUACCUGCUGUAGGAUAUCACAUUGUCACAGAUAAAGGAUUUAAUUUUUCAACAGCAGAUGAUGCCUUUGUGUGCCAAAAGAAGAAUCAUUUCCAAAUCACAGUUCAUAUUAGAAUCACUGGACAUCCAAAAUAUGUCAAAACUCAGCAGGGGAGGAAACCAAUAGAAAAGUUUUACUUGAAAGCUUAUGGAAUUAAGGUGGAAGAUCCAAAUGAAACAAUUGCUAUUGAACAGUCUCAAUCAGAUCGAAGCAAAAAAACUUUUCAUCCUGUAAAAGUUGAUCUGGCAGGGGACCAGACAACUAAAGUAACACUGGGACGGCUGCAUUUCAGUGAAACAACAGCAAAUAAUAUGAGAAAAAAGGGGAAACCUAAUCCUGAUCAGAGAUACUUCAUGUUGGUGGUUGGACUGUAUGCUGUCUCUCAGGACCAGUUCUACUUACUAUCUGCAAAUGUCUCUGAAAAGAUCAUUGUGAGGGCAUCUAACCCAGGGCAGUUUGAGAGCGACAGCGAUGUGCUGUGGCAGCGAGGGCAGGCUCCAGAGACCAUAGCCUACCACGGUCGCGUGGGCAUCAACACGGACGCGCCGGACGAAGCGCUGGUGGUCUGUGGGAAUGCCAAGGUGAUGGGCAGAGUCAUGCACCCCUCGGACAGCCGAGCAAAGCAGAACAUCCGCGAGGUCGACACAAAUGAGCAGUUAAAAAGAAUAACACAAAUGAGGCUGGUGGAAUAUGACUACAAGCCUGAAUUUGCAUCUGUUAUGGGAAUAAAAGAUACCCAUGAAACAGGAAUAAUAGCCCAGGAAGUGAAGAGGCUUUUACCUGAAGCUGUUAGAGAAGUUGGAGAUGUUGCUUGUAAUGAUGGAGAAAAAAUAGAAAACUUCCUUAUGGUUGACAAGGAUCAGAUCUUUAUGGAGAAUGUUGGUGCUGUAAAGCAGCUUUGUAAACUAACAAACAAUCUUGAAGUCAGAAUAGAAGAAUUGGAACAGUGGAAUAGGAAACUGGCCAGGCUGAAACGGCUCAACAGUUUAAAGUCAACAGUCAGUGAAGAGAGCAAAGUCAGCAGGUAUAGUCGAGCUAAUAGUCUCUUGCCAUCAGUAAAAUCAGUCCCACCAAAAUCCAGGAAGGUUUGCUUAUCAAAGACCAAAUCUGUGAAGAUUUUCCGGGUGACUAUAAUAGCUUUGAUUGCUAUUAUGGCACUAUGUGCUUUGACAAUAUGGAGCCUGUAUUUACUUAGCCUUCAUGACAGCCGUUUUGAAAAUCAUCCAGUUUACAGCACUACCUCAAGUUCUGUUCCAGUCUCUCCCUCUACUACCACAGCAGCAUUGCAGAGUGAAAGCACAGUUUCUCAGACCACACAGCCCAUCAGCAGGAUCCCUGAAGUGAAUUUCUGUGACAUUUUACCUUGUGACAAGGUCUAUUGUUGUCCAAUUCAUCAACCAAAAGUCAAAUUUAUAAGUUAUGGAAAAAAUAAUGCAAAGGAAAAACGGAACAAAAGUGACACGUUACCCAAAGGAGAUCCUGUCAAAAAACCUGGUGGAAGACCUGAUCUUGGAAAUGACUGGAUUGAUACAACAAUCAGUUCCAUACAGAUUUUGGAAACUCAGCAAAGCAUUGACAACCGCUAUUGUAGUAAAAAUCUGCAAUGCAGCUCUGGAAACUACAGCUAUGUUAUUCCUAUUAACAAAUACACACCCAUGGAUGUAGAAAUCUCACUGGAAAUAAACACCACAGAACCAUUAAUUAUAUUUCUCUGCAAAGUCACAUUUGGAAAUUAUUGCUCUCAUUAUUCUUCAAGCCAAAACACUAGGAAGAAUUUUCAAGAAACCACACAGGGACGCCAGCACGUUUGGGCUCUCCCUGUAUCCAAGCUGUAUGACAGCGCCUACUCCUUCCGCGUAGCUGUGCCGGGUUUUGCUAGCUGCUCAACAGACCGUUACUUUGCUGGAAUGUUUUUUACUGAUUACUACUUCUACUUUUAUCGGCAGUGUAAUUAAAAUGUCGCAAAGUAUUCUGUUCUUUGGGGAAAAGAUGAGGAAACACUUCAUAUGAAAAAGAGACUUCAAAAUAAUCCUGGAUAUUUUUUAAACCUCUUUCUGGGUUGUUUGGGACUUUCUUGGCUUUUUUUGUUUUCACUUUUAAAUUAAAAAAAAGUAGAAAAAUAAAGUGUUUGACAACAACCAUAGCUCUGCAUUUCCAGAACCUGUUUCUAAAAAGACACGAGGUAAUGGAAUAUAUGAUGCUGUUGUGGGUGGAGUGGGAGCUUCAAAGUUUAUUAGAGAAGCCUUCCCAUAGAGUCACAAGGUGCAGAAUGACCUCUGGCUUUCUUAACUCCUCAGAGAGGAGUCUGGGAGUGGUUGGAUCCAAUCUUAGCUCCAGACUUGGUCAACGGUAUAAGUCUAAGGAAUUAUACACAUUGAUUGAACCUUUGUACAAUUUUGUCACACAGAAUUAAGGAUGGCAAGCCAGAUGAAUAAAAAUGAAUGAUUUAUUACGAUAAAUGAUUAAACAAAAAGAU